UAUUAUGGGAACGAAAGUCAAUAGACACAGCCCUGUUCCAUGACAGAAAUAGCAGACGACAGUGCGCUGUGACUGUGUCUUCCAUCAGCUUUUGCGAUCCCUGGAUGUAAUAGUGGAAGAUUUACAGUUGUUUUAUCUUUUAUCGAAAUUGCGAGAGUUAUACGAACGAAAAAUUUACGAAUAUGGCUGAAAUAACAGAUUUCGGUCCGAGAAAGACGAUUUUUAUCUUAGCCAUUGUAGCCGGGUGUUUUGCGGUAUUAUGGCCGAAAAUUUUCUAUCCUAUGCUCACAGCAUCUGUCAAUCCACAUCAUAUGACCGACAAUUCUGCAUGCUGCGGUGUAAUCUUUGAAAGUGAUGUUACUGCAGCUGAUAUUAUGUAUGAAAUAUGUCAGAAUAUAUUGAAACACCAUCAAAUUGAUCCAAGAAUAAGAGAUGCUUUGAGAACUAUAAAAUUAACACCACAAAGUGCAAGUUUAUGUAGAGAAGAAAUUUUAGCUAGAUGUGGUAUAGAUUUAUCUACAUUUCUUGCUAAAAGAGAACAUCUGGAAAAAUCUUAUAAACAAGUUUUAGAAGAAAUAAGAUCAUUUAAUAGUUCUCUUUGUCUUAAAAUAAAUUUUGGUAUACCUCUUUCUCAACUAGGAACUCCACAUUUAAUCAGAUAUCAUAUUUUAAUGCCACACAAUACAAUAAAACAAGAACGACGUACACCUCCACAUGCAGGUGGUUUACAUCCUGCAUUGAGAGAACGUGGUAGAGCUAUACCUUCUUCUCAUAUUGUACCAAAGGUUUCAGAUAGACCUGAUCAUGUUGUGCCAAAAAUGAGACCACCUUUAGGUGGUGCAGGACAUGUUGUUCCUGCACCAAAAGGAAGUGGUACCAUGGGAAUUAUUAUGCCAUUGUAUACUUUAGGAAUUGUACUUUUUUUCUUAUAUACAAUUGUUAAGGUGCUGAGAAAAAAUUCGGAUAGUGAAAUUAUUUCAGAAUAUCCAGGUGCUGCAGCAGAAAAAGAAUUUCGAAAAAUGGUAUUCAGUCCUGAAGCUUUUGCUACUGCAAUGACUGGUGGUACAAUGAAUUAUCAGAAGGAAAGAUCUCCAUCACCACAAAGACCUACUCCUACCUUAGAGGAAUUAAAAGACCAAGCGGCAGGAGACAUAGAGAUAGAUCAGCUGAGACGCCGUUUGGUCGAGACAGAAGCAGCCAUGGAAAGAAUUGUUGUUCAGAUGGGCAACAUAUCACGUUCAGUUAUGCAUAGUCCAAAUCCACAACAAGAAUUCAAGGACAAUACCAUUGCUCAGGUUCAAUAUAGUACAGAAGAUAAAGUAGAAAACAUAGAACAUUCACCAACUAUUAAAGUCAUGGGUAUGGAAAUGACAGCUAGUUGUGAGAAUAAGGGUAGUAGACCUACUACUCCUAUAAUUCCAAUUUCACCAAGUCAUAUUGAGAGGGAAAAAACACCACCAAAACCAAUAUAUUUAGAAGGUGCACUUCCUCCACAAUGUGAAUUGCUUGUAACAGAUUCAGAAACUCAAGCUCAGAAAGCGGAAGAAGAUGUAGAGGCACCUGUUGUACUUUCAGGCAAAAUGACUCUCUCUCUCAUCAGUCUCGACCAAAAUGCAGCUGUAAGAAAAUAUUAGAAUUACAACAGAAUCAAAUCUGAAUCUGUGGAGCCUUGUUUUAUUUGGAAAUUGAUGAAGAAGAUCAA